UUCUACACAAAAUUGUUGUCAGCAACUCUAGUUUGUGAAAAAAUUUCGGUAGGUUGUGAAAACAAAGUAAUUGUGUCGAAAAUAAUUAAAAUACUAUAUAAAAGACUUCAAUAAAACACUGCAAUAGACUGUGGUUGGCGUUGAUUGUAUAGCAUAAUUGCUAUUCAUAUGUGAAGCACUGUAAGGUGAAGAACACAUAAAAGUGCACUGCUCUAGUUGUUUAGAGAAUACACGGAACUCAGCGGUGACUUUCAAUAAACUGCUACUGAAUUUGUUAUGCAAACAAAAAUAAUUAAACAGUGAAAAUAAGUUUUGUAAAGAUGUGAUUAAGUGCUUGGAGAAAUUCAUGAAAACUGCUACCAUUUGUAGAUGCUAAAAAGAGAUCCCCGAAUAUGAACGAUCGAAAACGAUCAACCUCUGCUAUGUCGCUAUAUUGUAUCGUGCUGCAUUGAUAGCUUGACAAAACGUGGUGUUUUUGUUGCUUUGGCAUGCUUUGCUACGUUCGUUUAUUGUUGCACCACUGUGAAUUUCAGAAUUAAAUAUGUCAGUAGGUGUGUGCAGUGGUGGCAGCCAUUGUGAAUGCAUUAGGCUUUUCGCUGUGGUCACGUACUCUCUUUCAUGCUGUGCAAUUUUGUUAUAAUUUAGUCAGUUUUACCUGUGCGAAGAAUAUUGCGAAUUAAUAUUGUUUACAUUAAUGCAAAUACAAUAUUAGUGUGAUCCUAUUUUGUGUGUAAAGAAAAUAUUCACAAAGGGAAAAUCAAUUAAAUGGAACACCUAACCAGCGACUAACAUUGAUUGCCAUUAAUAAAAUCGUAAACGAAAAGCAAACAAAAUAACGUUGCUAUAACGGUUAAAUACAUUUAGCGAACGCGCGUGUGUGUGUGUGUGUAAGUGCAUGUGUGACAAGCAUUGCACUUAAAUAAAGAACCACAACACCAAAAACAGCACACAAAAAAUGUCUUCAUCCAGCGUAGAUGUACCGCGGAUUAUGGUCUUUCGACCGACUUGGGAAGAAUUCAAGAAUUUUCCCAAAUACAUCGCCUACAUGGAAUCUCAAGGCGCACACAAAGCCGGUUUGGCCAAAGUAGUGCCACCACCCGAGUGGGUGCCACGACGCAGUGGCUACGAUGAUCUGGAUGCACUCAACAUUACCAUACCGGCGCCGAUUUGUCAGGUCGUGACCGGCAAACAAGGUCUCUACCAACAAAUCAACAUACAGAAGAAACCACUUACCGUGAAGCAAUUCAGUGAAUUGGCGUCCACAGAGCGCUAUCAGACGCCCAAACAUUUUGACUUUGAAGAUCUCGAGCGUAAAUAUUGGAAGAAUAUUACUUAUGUAGCGCCGAUAUAUGGCGCGGAUGUUAGCGGUAGUAUUACAGAUGUGGAUCAGGAUAGUUGGAAUAUAAAUCGUCUGGGCACAAUACUGGACUUUGUUAACGAGGAUUACGGCAUACAAAUUGAUGGUGUGAAUACGGCAUAUUUGUAUUUUGGCAUGUGGAAGACCACCUUUGCCUGGCACACCGAAGAUAUGGAUCUCUAUUCGAUAAACUAUUUACACUUUGGCGCCCCGAAGACGUGGUAUGUCGUUCCACCCGAACAUGGGCGCAAAUUGGAGAAGGUCGCUAAUCAAUAUUUUCCGGCAAGCUAUCAAAAUUGCAACGCAUAUUUACGGCAUAAAAUGACACUGAUCAGUCCGCAAGUGCUUAAGCAACACGAUGUGCCAGUGAGCAAAAUAACGCAAGAAGCUGGUGAAAUAAUGAUAACAUUUCCUUUCGGCUACCAUGCCGGCUUCAAUCAUGGUUUCAAUUGCGCCGAGUCUACAAAUUUCGCCAUGGAACGGUGGAUUGAAUAUGGAAAACGUGCCGUUCAAUGUACCUGCAGCAACGAUAUGGUUAAGAUCUCCAUGGACACAUUCGUGAAACGCUUUCAGCCCGACCGCUAUCAAGCGUGGCUGGAGGGCAAUGAUGUGGGCAGACAUCCGGAGGAUCCGCCCAGUGCUGUAGCCGCAGCACCACUACCAUCACAUUUAGAUGUGACAUGCAAUAAGAAUCAUGGGGCUGACAAUUUACCAAUGCACGUAAUACAAAGAAUGAAGAAACAAUGUAACCCUACAAAAAAGAAGUCAUUCAAAGAGCGCAAUCCUGACUUGAAUUUAGAGGAGAUACAACUAAAUCCCAACAUACCCGAUGAGGUUAAGGCUGUGCUGAAAGAGAGCGUACUUACACUCGACGCUGAGGACGAAGAGCCGGCCAUAAUCGGUGACGGCGAACCUGAGUUGCUGAUUCCACUAAGUCCAGCCAAUUUGAAGACCAAAAAGGAAUUAUUAGACUACAUCGAUGAUGGCACAGAUGAAGAUGAGGAAGAGGAGUUUCGUAAACGUCGUCAUAAGCGCAAACAUCAUUCUGAUUAUGAUGAUGAUUGGUUCACCAGCAAGCGGCGUACGAAUUCCCGCAAUAGCAGCAAAGGUCGUAGUCCGCGCAAUAGCAAUAAAGACGAUCGCUCCAUAUCGCCGGCAUCGUCAACAUCCUCAUCGUCACGUGCACGUCGUCAGCCAUGUACGACGCCUGGCAAAACACCACGCAAGACGCCCAAUCGUCGAAAGAAAGACAAUGGAGCGACAACACCAAAUGCUACCGCCGCCACGACAGUGCCCACGAAAGCGGCACAAUCCGAGGCUGUGGCAAACGUGCUGAAAACCGCAGCUGCCGUUUCACAAGCGCUAAGCGGACAAUGCAGUGAUGAAAACGGCAAUAGCAAUAGCGACAGCAAUGGCGGUGUUGCGAGCCCAUCAGCGCCCAACGUUGAGACACCAGCUGUAGCCGUGACCGUGUCAGCCGUAGCUGCUGCUGCCGAUGCGGCGGGAGGUAACGGCAGUUUAGCAGUCACAACAAAUUCAACUACCACAACCGCACACACACCCGUUAUACGUGUGGUGCGUAAGUUGAGCGAUCAGCUGAGCAAUCAUAACUACGAUCUCCCCUCUGUGCCGAGUGUGUUGCAGUUCAUGCAACAAACACGCAAAUUUGAGGGUAAAAUACCGAAAAUCAGUCAACAAGUGAAUUUACAACGUGCCGAACUGCUCAUAAUGCCAACAACAUCGAACGCUUCGGCCUCCACUGCUGUUGCUAAUACCACUAACGCCAUAACAACAGCAACCACAUCUAGUCAGCAACAACAACAACAUCAACGGCAGCAGCAGCUCGAGCAGGAGCAACAACAGCAAACAAUUGUUUAUACAACAAUGUUGCCGGCGGCAAGCACAUUGAAUGGCAUCGUUGCACAGCAAAGUACGCAGCAACAACAACAGCAAACACAAUACAUUACAAUACCCGCCACAUCGUCGGCGUCGGGUGCCAAUAGCACGGAUGGCGCUGUUUAUCAGUUGCAAAGCGAAAUUGUUUGCGAUGCAGCUACAUAUCAGCAACAUCAGCAACAGCAGCAGCAGCAGCAGCAACAGCAACAACGCCAGCAACAGCACGAACAGCAGCAGCAACAACAACAAUUGACUGCACAAAGCAUCAACGGCAAUACAAUUGCUGUGACGUCGGCCGCCGCAGCGCAAGACAAUGUGGUCACCACUAUUAGUUCGUCCCCUAUACUGCUCACCUCGACCGCCGCUGCCGCCGGCGCCAAUAAUAACCACCACCAGCAACAUCAUCUCCAACAACAACAACAACAGCAACAACAUAAUUCCGCUGCUGCCGCCACACCGACCUAUACCACUACAACCACCACUGCCACACCGCUCAAUGCAAUCAAAACUGAAAUUAACGACGAAACGAAUCAUAUUAUCGUCAAUGGCGAUGGCACGACAACAACGCUGCAGACGCAGUCGCACCCUCAGUAUCAUUACAUCACCACUACAGGUGAAGAUGGACAAACGCCGACGACAAUCGUUUUUGAAAACUACAAUGGUGAGGUCACUGAAGUGAACGGUGGAGGGGGCGCCACCACGAUCAUUAAAUUUGAGGGUGACGAUACCGAGUAUCAAGGAUAUCAGGUGAUAAAACAAGAGGAGGACAACUCAAAUGGCAUACACAAUGAUGGAUCGUCAAUGGAACAACAACAACAGCAACAGCACCAACAACAACAUCAGCAGCAACAACAGCAACCACAAUUUACUUAUAAAACUAUUAAGCAAGACGAAGAAAUGAAUCAAACUAUAACCGACACGAUAAUAGUGCCCGCUAACGGCGUACCAGCGAUACCACCGCAAAAACAAAAGCGCAAGCGAAAAACACGUUUGAUUUCUCCCGACGAACAGGGCGAGUACUUGGAGAAAAUGUCGGUGCGCGGUCUGGACAUUCAGCGCUAUGAACAUAUCAUUGACGGCGUCUCCUAUUGCCUGGUGUGUGCCAAAAAUGACGUUUUCAAAACAUUCAAAAACAAAUACAGUUUCCAACGUCACGCCUACCUAUUCCACGAGGGCGACAAUCGCAAGAUAUUCGCCUGCCCCAUUUGCAAUAAAGAGUUUUCACGUCCCGACAAAAUGAAAAUGCAUAAAAAAGAUAAACACGGCGAUAUGCAAGUACCCGAUGGCACUCUUACACCAGCGGCCACACCGGUGAAGCAAUCGUCAGAAACCAAUACAGGUAAGCGUCCACGUGCCACCAGUGCACGAUCAUCACGUGCGCGGAAACCACGUGCUACCAUAGCCAACACCGCGACGGCGACCGUCAACAGCGGCAGUGAAGAGAAUGCCGUGGAAGCGAAACGGAAACGCCUUGCGCAAAUCGAUAGCGUUUUAGACGUGGUGCAGCAGCAAGCAGCCGACGUGAACGCAACACAGGCGCAAACAACCACUAUCAAUGUACAACUGCAACAGCAGGCAAACGCACAACAAGUGCAGGUACAACAACAACAGACAUUGCCGCCCAUCGAUUUGAGUGGUAUGAUUCUGCCCGGUGGCGCUCAGCUAGCGCUGGCCAAUCCCGGCGCGACGUCUGCGCUUCUGCAGCAACAACGCGUUGCACAUCAACAACAACAGCAGCAGCAACAGUCGCACGCCCCACCACCGCAGCAUAUUGCAUUGUCCGCGCAAGCCACGCAGGUGCUGCAGCCGUCAGCAACAGCCGCCACUGCUGCUGGCGCCGCUGGCACCACCCUCAUCUAUUCCAAUCAGAUUGAUUUGCAGCAAGCGCUGUUACAGCAACAGCUGCAUGGCCAAAGUAUUAUGAUACAAGAUCAAGCGGGCAAUUUGGUGCCGCUGCAAUCAUUGCAAGCGCUCAACGCAGCCACCACGUUAGACGGCACGCAAACAAUCUACACGACACAGCCGGCGCGUCAUGCACAACCGCCUCAACAGUUGCUGCAGCCAACACAGCAAACGACGCCGCCGAAUGCCUAUCAGCCGGCGCCGCAACAACAUAUACAGCUGCAGGCGUUACCAACCGGUUCGCCACAAGAGACUAUCAUCACCACGACAUCGCCGGCCGCACAGGCUCAGCAGCAACAGCAACAGCAGCUGAAAACAACCACACAACAUCAGCAACAGCACACAGGCAAUGUUGUGACACAGCAGCAGCAGCAACAACAGCAUUAUGAGCUGGAGAAUGUUGCAUAUCUGUCGUCGACUGCUGCAACGCCGGCGCCGCCGGAGCAACAACAUCAACAACAUCAACACCAUGUCAUCGGCACUGUGCAAAGCUAUCAGAUACUCACGCCCGACGGCUUGCAAAGCUACCCCACCGCCACAGCGACGACAACCAAGUUGGAACCGAGCGAUUUGGCGGAACUUUGUCCAUACACUUCAAUGACCAGCACGACACCACAUUACACAUUCACAACACAUGCGGGACAUCAUGGCGCCACCGCGGACGCGUUGCAUCAGCAAGUUACCGGCGCCACAACUAGUCAUACACAGCAGCAGCAGCAGCACCAGUUGGCGGCUGGCGGCGGCGGCCAGCAGCAGCAUCACAUACAGCAACAACAUCAUUUCAUGGAGCUCAAGAACGAUUUGUUGAUUAAAAGCGCAGCUGAUGCGUACGCGUUGGACGCGAGCUCCAUGUAUCACCUGCCCUUCUCGCCAUCAUCGAUGAUCAGCUCGGUGAACGAUGGCAACGGACAGUCACUGCUCGAAACCAAAGAGAUUAGGACCAUUGCUGGGCCACAAGUCAGAAAUGCCAACAAUACCGUUAUUACCACCACCAGCAGCAACAACAACAAGAAGACAACGAUACAGCCGCGUACAGUGCAACUGUUAGUGACGCGUCGUCCCAUCAUCGCAAACAACAACACCAACAGCAAUAGAACGCAAGUUGUUGCAAACAACAGCGGCGCUGCCGCCACGCAAACAGCGACAAUUGUAGCACCUGGCGUAUUGAAAAUAUCUUCGGCGGCAAUGCAUGCAAACAACAAAAAUAACAACAAUCAAAUUUUACAUACCACCACCGGUACUGAAACCAUUGUAAUUGAGGAAGAGGACGAUGAAUUGCUCACAGCCACUAGUGGCGAUGACGGUUCAAUGUCACCGAACGCGCUCGCAAUGUCGGCGACUACAGCGCAAAUUUUACGCAAAUUUCGUAUACCUAAGGGCACUGCAUUGACGGCGAAAUCGAUCAACAACGUGGAAGAGGCAACUAGUGCGCCGGAAGCGUUAAUCUGCAGCACUUCAACAUCGCCUGUGCACUCGCCAAUACAUUCUACUUCGUGUUCGCCACCACCACCGGCUGACACACCGAACUCUGUAGAUUUGGUGGAGGAGGUGAUCGAGACCGACGAGAACUCAACGUGUCAGUCAACCGACGAAGUGCUGAUCACCGCAGACACAACCACAGCCGACACCAUAAACGAGUGUGAGGUAGACGCUGUCGAAGAAGCUGAUGUCGAUUCUAAUACCAACAACACUACAACAGUUUUAGUGCCGGCCAAUAGCGGUAGCGCCGCAUUAACAACAACAACUGCGACAGCACUGCCGCAAAUUCAACUGCAAACGCUGCAACCGAAUGGUACAGUGACGUGUAUUAAUCUGCCACCGAACACGAUUCUGCUCACGGCGCCGGAUGGUUCCACGAUACUCGCCACAGCGACGCCACAGCAGUUGAGUAAAUUAACACAACAACAACAACCACAGCCGCAACAACAACAAAUAAUAGCGAUACAAGAUUGGAAUGGCAGUAGCGGUGGCGCCGGCGCCAGCAGCUCCAACAGAAGCGUCGACGCUAAUGCUACAACAGUACUACAAGCUGUACAAGCUGCCGCAACACACCACCAACCACAAACAGCCACCACAACGCAAACAUUGCUGCUCACCGCCGACGGCACCGCCAUACCAAUCAUACAAUCGACACCAGCCGCCGCAACCAGUGCCAACGGCGCCACUUCGAAUUCGGCGGCGGCAGCAGCAGCUGCAGCGCAGAUUGUCGCCGCCCAACAGGCUGAGGCGCUGAAGGCGCAAGUGCUGGCGUAGGGUUUGGCCGGUGGCCAAUUAGGGCGAUUUCUGAAUAAUGCAACGAUUUUACCGACGACCUACUUUUUCUAAAACGACCAGGUAAUAAUGUAUCCGUUUAUAAUGUGCGUGUAUACUUUAUAUGUGUAAUCAGUUUGUCUAGCAAAGAGUUUUAAGUGCGAGUAUGUUAUUUAGUUUUGUCUUAAUUUAAGAAAUUCGUGUUUAAACUUUUUCCUUGAAUUGGUUUCUCUUCAACACCUAAAUGUAAAAAUCAGUUAUAAUUAAAUCAGUUAGCUUUAAGCGCUGAAAUGUGUUUUUCGAUAACUUGUUAUGAAAUAAUUAAAUUUACACCGUCUCAAAAGAAAAUUAAAAUCUAUGGCUGCAUAUUAAAAAUCAAGAAUCGCUCCAAUUAGCUACGAUUAAGCAAUUCUUAAUUGCUGUAAUAAUGCUUAACAAUAAUAUUAUUAGAAAAAACCGCUUAGUGUCGGGUCAUUCGUCAGUUAUAUUCAUUCGGGUAUAUACUAGUCGCUUUUUAAACUCUGAAAAGCUAAUAGUCAACAAUUCAUACAUAGUUAUGAAAAGAUGUCAGUAUAUGAAUAGUAUAUGGAGACUUAACGUUGAAGGAAAUGAAAUAAACUAUAAUUAUAAGUUAAAUAUUUGAUAAAAUGUUUCAAAAAGUUUAAAGUGAUUAUUU